CCCGUAUCAGGUUCAUAGUCAAAUGAACAUCGCAUCUUACUGCAGAGCAGAGUUAGACCAAACAAGACUCUCAGAGCAAUACAACAAAGCAGGUAGUGAUGGAGUAUCUUGGAAUUAUCACAGCAAUGUUAGUGACGCUGGGGAGUUGUUCUGCAGAAUGUGAUCAAGGAUGGAAAUCGUUCAACAGCAACUGUUUUAAAAUGUUUGAGGAAAAAAAGUCAUGGGAUGAUGCGAAGUCGCACUGCGAGGAAACUGGAGCCCAUUUGGUAAAAAUUGAGUCUGCUGAUGAAAACAUCUUCUUGUUGAACAGUUUCCUGCAGUUAUUAUCAAAUGAGACAAAUCGUGAGGCUUGGACUGGACUUUCGGAUAAGAUGGAGGAAGGUGAAUUUGUGUGGACCGAUGGUUCGACACCAGAGUACACAAACUGGGCAGCCGAACAACCCAAUGAUGAGGAUGACCAGCAAGACUGCGCUGAGAUUGCGAAUGGUGUUUUCUGGCCUGGAGGUUUGCCACAAAUUGGAGUUUGGAAUGAUUUCCAAUGUAAACGGGCGUUAAUGUUUAUAUGUGAAAAGGAUGAGUAACUGAUAAAUUUUUGCGUUCAAAGUACAAUUUCAAUGUUAAAGAACUAUAUUAUUGAAAGACUGUGAUUUGAACGUAAGUCAAUGUCUCGCCUGUGUUUCUCACUUUACACAAACAUCCGAUUACAAGUAUAUCUCAACUGAAGCUGUCGAAUUUAUUUGCUUGAAACCCAACAGUCUGUACACUUUAUUGCUACUGCCUUUGCAUUUGGCUAUCGUCAUCAUAGUUAUUAAAUGCUAAGAAUAUAUGAGAAUCAUAUAUUUAAACUCCGGUUACAGA